GCCACUCUCUUUCAGAUGAAGAAAUGGAGGCUGUUGGAAGUUCAGUGGCUUGUCCAAAGCUGCACAGCUAUUAAAGGCAAGGCCAGGAUUCAAACCCAGGAAUCAGCAGUAGCCUUCCAUGAGGAACUGCCUUUUCCACUUGCUGCUGGAGUUAAUGGUGUUUCCUGUUGGCAGAAUCGGGGACAUGCCAGCACUAGCGGGAUGAGUGGGUGCUCCGGCGGGGAUGUGGUCACUGCCGGCCAGUGAGGGCGAGAGUGCCACAGCCCACUUCUUCCUGGGAGCUGGAGAUGAGGGCCUGGGCACCCGUGGAAUAGGCAUGAGGACAGAAGAGAGUGACAGCGAGCUCCUUGAGGAUGAGGAAGAUGAAGUGCCUCCUGAACCUCAGAUCAUUGUUGGCAUCUGCGCCAUGACCAAGAAAUCCAAGUCCAAGCCAAUGACCCAAAUCCUAGAACGACUCUGCAGGUUUGACUACCUAACUGUUAUCAUACUGGGAGAAGAUGUGAUCCUCAAUGAACCUGUGGAAAACUGGCCAUCUUGCCACUGCCUCAUCUCUUUCCACUCCAAAGGAUUUCCUCUGGACAAAGCUGUUGCUUACUCCAAGCUUCGAAACCCCUUUCUUAUCAAUGACCUGGCUAUGCAGUAUUACAUCCAGGAUAGGAGGGAGGUUUACCGGAUCCUGCAGGAGGAAGGCAUUGAUCUGCCUCGGUAUGCUGUGCUCAACCGGGACCCUGCCCGGCCUGAGGAAUGCAGCCUGAUAGAAGGUGAAGACCAGGUAGAGGUAAAUGGAGCUGUCUUCCCUAAGCCAUUUGUGGAGAAGCCAGUGAGUGCAGAGGACCAUAAUGUUUACAUCUACUAUCCCAGUUCAGCUGGAGGAGGAAGUCAGCGCCUCUUCCGUAAGAUUGGCAGCCGAAGCAGCGUUUACUCUCCUGAGAGCAGUGUCCGAAAGACAGGAUCAUACAUCUAUGAGGAGUUUAUGCCAACAGAUGGCACAGAUGUCAAGGUAUAUACAGUGGGGCCUGAUUAUGCCCAUGCUGAAGCCAGAAAAUCUCCAGCUCUGGAUGGGAAGGUCGAGCGAGACAGUGAAGGGAAAGAGAUUCGAUAUCCAGUCAUGCUGACUGCCAUGGAAAAGCUGGUGGCCAGGAAAGUCUGCGUAGCUUUUAAGCAAACAGUUUGUGGUUUUGACCUUCUUCGUGCCAAUGGUCACUCCUUUGUGUGUGAUGUCAAUGGCUUCAGUUUUGUCAAGAAUUCAAUGAAAUACUAUGAUGACUGUGCCAAGAUUCUUGGGAACACCAUCAUGAGGGAGCUUGCUCCACAGUUCCAGAUCCCAUGGUCCAUCCCCACAGAGGCUGAGGACAUUCCCAUUGUCCCUACCACAUCUGGCACUAUGAUGGAACUUCGUUGUGUCAUUGCAAUUAUCCGUCAUGGGGAUCGUACCCCCAAACAGAAAAUGAAGAUGGAGGUGACACAUCCAAGAUUUUUCAGUCUGUUUGAAAAACAUGGUGGCUACAAGACGGGUAAAUUAAAGCUGAAGCGGCCUGAGCAGCUACAGGAGGUGCUGGAUAUCACAAGGCUGUUGCUGGCUGAACUGGAGAAAGAACCAGGUGGUGAGAUCGAGGAGAAGACUGGGAAACUAGAGCAGCUGAAGUCCGUGCUGGAGAUGUAUGGUCAUUUCUCUGGGAUCAACAGGAAGGUGCAGUUGACCUACUAUCCUCAUGGAGUAAAAGCUACUAAUGAGGGGCAAGACCCACAGCAGGAGGCCCUGGCCCCAUCUCUACUGCUGGUACUGAAGUGGGGGGGAGAACUGACUCCUGAUGGCCGUGUUCAGGCUGAGGAGCUGGGGCGAGCUUUUCGCUGCAUGUACCCUGGAGGACAGGGUGACUAUGCUGGCUUCCCCGGUUGUGGGCUACUUCGUCUCCAUAGCACUUUCCGCCAUGAUCUCAAGAUCUAUGCCUCUGAUGAGGGCCGUGUCCAGAUGACUGCUGCUGCCUUUGCCAAGGGCCUUCUGGCUCUAGAAGGAGAGCUAACACCCAUUUUGGUACAAAUGGUGAAGAGUGCCAACAUGAAUGGGCUCCUAGACAGCGAUGGUGAUUCCUUGAGCAGCUGCCAGCAUCGGGUGAAAGCUCGACUGCACCAUAUUUUGCAGCAGGAUGCACCUUUUGGUCCUGAGGACUACGAUCAGCUGGCUCCUACUGGAAGCACUUCCCUCCUCAACUCCAUGGCUGUCAUCCAGAAUCCUGUGAAGGUCUGUGAUCAGGUAUUUUCCCUGAUUGAAAACCUCACUCACCAGAUCCGGGAACGGAUGCAGGACCCCAAAUCUGUAGACCUGCAACUCUACCACAGUGAGACACUAGAGCUCAUGCUACAACGUUGGAGCAAACUGGAGCGUGACUUUCGACAGAAGAGUGGGCGCUAUGAUAUCAGUAAGAUCCCUGACAUCUAUGACUGUGUGAAGUAUGAUGUGCAGCACAAUGGGAGUCUGGGACUUCAAGGCACAGCAGAGUUGCUCCGUCUCUCUAAGGCAUUGGCUGAUGUGGUCAUUCCCCAGGAAUACGGGAUCAGUCGGGAGGAGAAACUGGAAAUUGCUGUGGGCUUCUGUCUUCCACUGUUGCGGAAGAUACUACUUGACCUGCAGAGAACCCACGAGGAUGAGUCUGUCAACAAGCUGCAUCCCCUGUACUCCCGAGGGGUGCUCUCCCCAGGCCGCCAUGUUCGAACACGUCUCUAUUUCACCAGUGAAAGCCAUGUCCACUCACUACUCAGUGUCUUCCGUUAUGGGGGUCUUCUUGAUGAGACCCAGGAUGCACAAUGGCAGAGAGCUUUGGCUUAUCUCAGUGCCAUCUCAGAGCUCAACUAUAUGACCCAGAUUGUCAUUAUGCUUUAUGAGGACAACACACGGGAUCCCUUAUCAGAGGAGCGGUUCCAUGUGGAGCUACACUUCAGCCCUGGAGUGAAAGGUGUUGAGGAAGAAGGCAGUGCCCCAACUGGCUGUGGAUUCCGUCCAGCUUCUUCUGAGAAUGAAGAGAUGAAAACAGACCAAGGCAGCAUGGAGAACCUGUGCCCAGGGAAGUCGUCAGAUGAACCAGACCGGGCAUUGCAGACUUCACCCCAGCCCCCUGAGGGCCCUGGGCUCCCAAGGAAAUCACCCCUCAUUCGUAACCGAAAAGCCGGCUCCAUGGAGGUGCUUUCUGAGACUUCAUCUUCGAGGCCUGGUGGCUACCGGCUCUUUUCGUCUGCACGGCCACCAACAGAGAUGAAGCAGAGUGGCCUAGGCUCACAGUGCACAGGGCUGUUCAGCACCACAGUGCUGGGCGGCUCCUCCAGCGCCCCGAAUCUUCAGGACUACGCCCGCAGCCAUGGCAAAAAGCUACCACCUGCCAGUCUGAAGCACCGAGAUGAGCUCUUGUUUGUCCCGGCCGUAAAACGAUUUUCUGUGUCGUUUGCAAAGCAUCCGACUAACGAGCUGCUGGAUGACCAGCACCCUGUGGUCCGGUUGCUGCGCAGUUUUUCCUCUGACUGUCCAGGGGGCCGGCCAGUCUCCUUGGAUGCCACGCUGGCGCAUCACCUGCACCAGUGCUCCUACCACCUGCGCCUCUUCCGGAACUGGCUGCGCUCAGGCCAGGAUGAUCCCGAGUGCCUCUACGGAUUUGAAGGGUGUUCCAUGGUGCCUACCAUCUACCCCUUGGAAACACUGCAUAAUGCCCUUUCCCUGCGUCAAGUGAGUGAAUUCCUAAGUAGAGUCUGCCAGCGCCAUACUGAUGCUCAAGCACAGGCAUCUGCAGCCCUCUUUGACUCUAUGCACAGCAACCAAGCCUCAGAUAGCCUUUUUUCCCCACCCCGUACUCUUCAUUCACCCACCCUACAACUCCGGCAGCGCUCCGAGAAGCCCCCUUGGUACAGCAGUGGCCCUUCCAGCACUGUGUCCAGUGCUGGUCCUUCCUCCCCGACUGCAGUGGAUGGUAACUGCCCUUUUAGCUUUAGUGAUCAACCUUCUGUAAGUUCACACAUGAUUGAAGAACAUCAGAGCCUUGGGAUGCUCCCUAGGAAUGGAGAACAAGAGUUCCCCACUGAAGGGGUGCAAGAGCCUUUUGAACCAAGCCAGUCUUCACAGGAACCACCUGUGGAAACCAGCCAGCCAUGCCAGGAGGUUGCUGAGGUGAUCAGCCAGCCCUGCCAAGAGGUUCCUGACAUCAGCCAGUCAUGCCAGGACAUCCCUGAAGAGGUCAGCCAGCCAUGCCAGGAGGUUCCUGACAUCAGCCAGCCAUGCCAAGAGAGCCAUGACAACGUUGACCAGAUAUGUCAGAAGGUUCCUCAGAUCCACCAGCCAUGCCAGAAGGCGAGCCACCCGUGCCAGAAAAUCUCUGAUGAAGCUUGCCAGCUUUGCUUGGAGAACCCUGAGGUCAGCCAUCCAUCCCAGGAGGUCCCUGUGGAAGUUGGCAGGCUGGCCCAUGGGUUCCCUCGAGGUGUUGGUGACCUAGUCCAGGAAAUCCAUAUGGAAGUUGGCAAGCCAACCCAAGAGACCCCUGAGGAGCUCAGCCAGCCAUGCCAAGAGUUCUUUGCAGAGGUUAGCAGGCUGACCCAAGAAGCUUCUGCAAUCAAUCUUUUGUCUCAGGACAUUCUUGAGGCUGAUAAACCAUCCCAAGAGUUCCCUGGAAAGGAUGAUCUGCAGGUCCAGGAAGUCCCUGAGGCUAAUCGGAAGUCCUGGGUGGCCUCUGAAGUGAUUGACCAGCUGCCUGGAGAGGAUAUUCCCCAAGCCCAGUAUCCAUCUAGUGAUCCAAACCCUCAGAGCCAGUCUUUAGCCCAUGACCAGUACUCAGCCCUCCCACCAGCAACAUGUGAUUAAUCAUGUUCUCAUUAAUGGUAUCACACUAUACCAGCUAUUUGAGCUAGCAACUUCUUCUGUUGGCUAACUCACCUGCCAGUGUAAGACCUUGGAUCUCACCAGAGGUGUCUGAGGAAGCAGCCCUCUUGGCCUGAAGCCAAGAACUGUGCCAGAGCUGGGCUUGAGAAGGAGUCGGUUUGAUGCUCAAAGCAGCCAUUGACUCCUCACUUGACCAUUAGACUGGAAUAGGAUUUCCGUCAAGGGGUGGGCUGAUCUAUCAUUACCCAGCCUCCUCUGAGCAUCCCAGGAAAUUCCAGAUUGUUAAAGGAAAUGCCAUUUAACUGCUGAAGACACCAUCCAGGGACAGCAAGUGCAGAAGAGGGCUUCAAGGUCUCCACUUUUCUGGGGAAAUAUUCACAACUUCACAAGGUACCCUUAGACCAUAUGUUCAGGAGGACUCUUGUGUUUGCUAGCACUCCUCUGGUGGGCCCAGCACGUCUGUCUGAAAUGUCUGGGAAAAAAAGAGAGUCCCCUUCCCAACAAACAUCCACUGUGGCCACUGAUCUUUAGAUUGGGCUUAUGGGUGUUUUGUUUAUCAUCCCAAAUUGCCCCUCUGCCCCAGACCUGUCCCAAUAGCUCCAGGGAAUAGUAGGUAUUAGAUUCCUGUGAAAAUUUAAGAAUAACUACUUAAAAUGCUCUCGGGGUUCUUGGCCAAUCUGUGAAGCUGGGCCUCUUUUUGUUGUGGGGCUACUUGGCUUAAAAGAUGAUGUAGUAGAGAAAAUCAGGUUCUAUUUUAAGCAAUCUGCAGAGAUCAAUAUUGUACAGACAUGAGCAGAGAUUAUAUAUAUAUUUCUGUAGUGGUGCCAGGGACAGACUGGCCAAAGACCAAACACUCCAGGGUCCCCAAGAGGUAUUUCCUUUUGUCAUUGUGUCUUUAGGGUCAGAUGUGAUUAUGAAGCUUUUCCCAAAGAUAUGGGGAUGGGAAUGGGUGUGGGUAGGAGGAGUAAUGCAGUCACUGGAGUGGGGUGGCCGGAACAUUAUGAGUGCUCAAUAAAUAUGAAAUAAUAAGA